AUGUACUCUAUUAAGUUUUUAUUGUUGCUGAUAGGUUUGUGCUUAGCAGCUGAUAGCAAGCUAAGUCGAUCAGACGAAGCGGCAGUGACUGAAGAAAGGAUACAAAAUGAACUAGUUGAAGUCUAUAAAGAGCGUAUUUGCCAUAUUGAUGUGAUCCGGAAGACAUUCGGUGAUAUUUUGGGGAAAGUAUGUGACAAAUGUGAUAUUGAUAAAAUGUACUCGCUCAAAAAUAUGGAAGAGGAGCUUUUGAAUUUUCAUAACGCAACAGACAAUUAUCUCGCAGGGCUAGGCAAGACCGGUGAUCAAUUAAAUAAGGAUCCAAAAAUCGAUCAGGAAACGGUUAACUUGUUGGUAGAAUCAACAAGAAAGUACCUCAAGUAUGCAGAUAUUGCAUUUAAUAAAUUAUGUAGCGCUCUUUCCCUUGAAACCGAAGAAUAUACUAAAUAUCAGAAAAGUGUGGAGGCGCUUAAAAAGGAUGUUGAUUUGAAGGAAGUGUUUGAAACACAAGAAGGAGGCGCAUUUGAAUUGACAAAAAGUACCAUUGAGCUGUUACUCGAACUUUUGGAUAGUUUAAAUGACGCAAUGAAGAAAGAUGUUGUAGCUAGGCUUGAUGAACUGUCGAAAUAUGCAUCUAAGGAUGAAAGCAGAGAGGCGAAAAGUGACAUUAAGGAAGAAGUGGGGAAGCUUAGUUUAGAAGAUACUAAAGAUGGCGAAGGUGAAUAUACGUCACUUGCUACUAAUCCAAAGCAAUGAUUUUCGAUUCAGGCAUAGUUGUUCUCGCCUAUUAAUUAAAAAUUAAGUUAAGUAA